AUGACAAGUCCAAAUUUUGAGGUUAUGAUACUUAUGUUUCCUGGCUAUUUCCCAAGCUUAAUCGGUCUACUUUUAUCUACAAUAUCGGUUAAAUACUAACAGAACGGUGAAUUAAAUAUGUCACUGUUAAAAACAAUGGUGUCUCGUUACAUCUGGAGUCCACGGCUGGCUACCAUUCCAAGAUUCUCUUCCAACGUUGCGAAUACCUCCAACGAUGCUCCAGUUGAAAUAGAAAACCCCUACAAGAAGGAAGAACGCCAAUGCAUAUUAUGUAAACUAAACAUCACUCCGGACUACAAAAACUAUCGUUUAUUGUCACAGUUCCAGAGUCCAUAUACUGGCAGGAUAUACGGACGCCAUAUAACCGGUCUCUGCAAAUCGAAACAAGCUUUAGUUGAAGCGGAAAUAAAGAAAGCACAGAACUGCGCUUUCAUGCCAUACUUUUACAAAGAUAAGGUGUUCCUGAAGGAUCCAAAGUUGUUUGACCCUGAAAACCCUAUCCGUUCUCACAGAUUUUAACUAGAUGUAGAUUUAAUGUAGUGUAUUGUUAAUAAAUUGUUUAUAAUUCAUCAA